AUCUCAACUAUGAAAUAGUCAGCAACCACUUGCUUGUUGAUUCACUGCUUGGUUCUCGCUUACCUGACACUUGAAAAACCUCUCCUUGUGAUUAAGAAAGUGUAGUGUUGUGAAUUAUACUGUUAGUAACCAUAAAUAAUUAUUUAAAUUGGAUAUAUUGUUCUUGACCUUUGCUUUCUUUUUCAUUUUGAACUGCUCCAGGAACAUCAUAGAGUUGGGAUGUGGCACUGGUCUCACAGGACUUGUCAUUUGUUCCACAAGUUCACCUUGUCGAUACAUCUUUACUGACUGCCAUGAAAGAGUUCUUGAAACUCUUCAAUGCAAUCUUGAACUGAAUGGAUAUGCUCGAAGUGUUAAAGCUGGUUAUAAAGAACAAACAUCAUUGUCUUCUUUUAGUAACAAGUCUACUGUGUGCACAAGUAAUGCAGAUGACAUUUUGGAAACAUCACAACCAGGAAAAACAAGCAUCAUUUGUGCUGGUUCAAUAAAGGACAGUAAUCAAAGAACUUUUCAUGCACAUCCUGAGGUGGCCAACAUCUUCAACAAUAAAGACCAUGAAUCUGAUUUUGAAUCCCAGUCUCCUGCAUUUCCAAACUGUAAAGCAUGUGCUGUUGUCGCUGAUACAUGUAACAUUGCCAGUGAUGGUUUUGGGUUGUCUAGUAGUAAGACUGUUAACACCACAGCAUGCUAUUCAAGAAAAUCUGCUAGUUGUCUGCACUUAAACAAGGAUUGUGGAAGGCACUCAGGCAGUGUUCAAGUUGAAGUUUGCAAAUUGGAAUGGGAAACUUUCACAAAGAGUGACCUUAAGACAUUUUCUGCCAUUGACAUCAUUCUGGCUGCUGGUACGCAAGCAUUGUUAUUAUAUAUAUAUAUAUAUAUAUAUAUAUAUAUAUAUACAGACCUAUCAUGAAAUAAGUAAUACCUUAUUGGCACUUAAUUUUGCAGGUCUUUUAAUCUCGCAUUUUUUGUGAUUGUAAAAGAAUCACUAAAUUUAAGACCCAUAAAUAUAAAAUCAUCAUGAAAAUUUAAGCAACUGAAAUUUAACACCCAUAUAGAAAAUUCAAAUCACAGAAAAAAAAAAUAAUAAUACAAAACAAGAACAAAAGGUUGAAAAAGUUGACACGUUAAUUUUGAAUUAUUGCUCUUUACUGAAGGCAUUGCUAUUUUGAGAUUUCUGUAGAUGAGGUAGAGAGAGACCUUAAAAUUCAUCACAUUUUGUUCAUGUUACCAUAGAUUAAUCUUCUACGACCAGGCAUUGUCAGACUAGACUUGUGUCAGUGGCAGAGACAUCUGGAAAAAGUCUUGGUGUACUGAGUGCCCUAAACAAUUCGUGUAAAUUUCGUCUGCCUUUCUGUCGUACUCGAACCAAGCAAUUUUCCGUUUUUUAUCAAGGACCCAAAUUUUACAACACCUUAAACACCAACAUCAUCAACGCUUCCUCACCUUUCUCCUUUAAAAGAGCACUUAAGGCAUUUAUUUGUAAUAAUUAUUAGUAUACUUCAACAAAAAUCUUGGGAAAAAGCCUUUUAAUAUUCAACAUUUGUACAUGUAAACUUCCGUAAUAUUGAUUAGUUUAAUUUUUCACCUGAUAUUAUAUUGUACCCGUCGCCGUAAUUUUUAUGCCAUCUUCGAAAAAUUGUAAUUGAGGAGGCCUAAUUAACAUAAGCUCUAUAGUUUCUUUUAGGCCUCCUCGCCAUCUCUUCCUACAUUUUUUUUUUUUCUUUUGGCAUCUUUAAGUAAUUAUUGUAAUUGUGUGGCAAAUAAAUAAAAUACCUAAAAUACCUAGACAAUAAUUACAACUGGUAUUUGUUGUUCAAAGUCAGUCUCUCAAGGGGGGUGUUUGAUUCACUAUUUUAAGAGAUGCCUUCUUCUUUUCCAACAGAUGUUGUUUAUGAUGUUGAUUUAAUUCCAUCUCUUGUGAGAAACUUGCAUAUUCUUUUAAGGUUGGUUAAUAAUUCUCAUAAAUAAUCAUUGUUGGCAGUGUAUGUCUAUCUUUGUAAUUUGUUUAUAUGAUGAUUAUUAUUUUUGUUUUUUUUGUUUUUUUGAGAUGUUCUUAUGAUCUGUUCAUUAUCUUGUAGCACCUGGGGUGGAAAGCCUGUGGCAUACUUAGCGUCAACCAUCAGAAAUCCUCAAACAUAUGAAUUCUUUAUUACCCAACUUGGUAAGUGCUAAUUUAUGAAGAACACUUUUCACUUUCAUAUACCAGUACUUCAUGAGAAGAAAACAAAGGGAAUUCACCAAAAUGUCAAUAGUCAUCAUCCCUUUGAUGAUGAGACAGUGAUUUUCGCUGGCUGUUAGAGUUCCCAGAAAACCUAGCCUGAAAAGACCGCUGACAUUUUGCACCAACACCACUGGUUUCCCCACAAAAUAAUGCCUGAGCAACGAAUGCAGAAAUCCCAUAUUGAUGCCUUGUCACUACCAGAUCUGGGUUGUGCUUCUGAGUGGUUCGUACCAUGUUGGUAAUUUUUUUCAACCAAUCAGAGGCACUAACCAAAUCUUGGUAGUGACAUUUUGCACUGAAAUCGGUAAUAGCAUCGCAAAAUGUCAGUUAUUUUCUCAGGUUACAGAGAACCCUGACAAUUCCUAUUUGGGAUAGAAGAAAUCUUCAGUUGUCUUUUUCCCAUACAUUUUUGUUCUCAUCACCAAAGACCAUGGACAGGUGUGUUUGUUUAACGUAUAGGUGUGUGCGUUUUAUCAGGUGAAAUGCGAGUAAAGCCUGACAACAGGAAACAGAGGAAACAUGAUAAAAAAUACAAAGUUGCUUAAUAUUCAUCUUUUUUUUUUUCAUUUCUAUUCCACAAUAAUAACAGUUGAUGGAAUUGAAUAUCGUUAUUGUUGUUUUUCUUUCCUUUUUUUUCUUCAGGUGAGCAUAACAUUUGCUGGAGUGAAGAAAGUAAGCCAAGGGAUAAAGUUUUUUACUAUGACCACAGCUGUGAAAUAAAAAUUGUUAAGCUACAAAUUUAUCGUCCUGGAGCAUGUUAAAUGUAGCAUCAAGUAGGAUUGGAGUCUUCUGAGCAAGUACCAACAUAGCCUGCGUAGCUGGCAGGAUUGUUGUGCCUGGGGUUACUUUCUUGGCAGCGGAGCUGCCACAUGAAGCAAGAGCAGCAAAGCAGAAAGGGAUUUUCGCUUGCCACUAGGGAAAAAUUUGACUUG